CCACGUUCGCCAUUCCGCCAUCUGGACUUCAGCAGUAGCGCUACUGCAGAACUGAGACGUAAUCCUAGCCUGUCCGCACCGGACGAGUGCGCACGAGCUUGCCGAGAGGGAGAACCGGCAAGAAUCUGCUACUAUCACUUUACCGUUGAGUACUACACCGUGCUUGGAGCAGCGUGCCAAAUAUGUACGCCAAACGCUACCAACACCGUGUGGAGUCACUGCCAAUGCGUUCUUGCCGAUGGUGUCGAGCGAGGUAUCCUUACUGCAAACCGAAUGAUUCCCGGACCUAGUAUACAGGUCUGUGAAAACGAUCGAGUUGUGAUCGACGUUGAGAACCACAUGGAAGGUAUGGAACUGACUAUCCAUUGGCACGGCAUCUGGCAACGAGGAACGCAAUACUACGAUGGUGUGCCUUUUGUGACGCAAUGCCCAAUUCAGCAGGGAAAUACAUUCAGAUAUCAAUGGACCGGUAAUGCAGGAACUCACUUCUGGCAUGCUCACACUGGGCUGCAGAAGAUGGAUGGUCUCUAUGGUAGUAUCAUCGUUCGCCAGCCUCCUUCCCGUGAUCCAAACUCGCACCUGUAUGACUUUGAUCUGACCACACAUAUUAUGCUGGUAAGCGAUUGGUUGCAUGAAGAUGCCGCCGAACGAUAUCCGGGUCGUCUUGCCGUUAACACCGGCCAAGAUCCCGAAUCGCUGCUUAUCAACGGAAAGGGUCAGUUCCGUGAUCCAAAUACCGGCUUCAUGACCAACACACCGCUAGAAAUUUUCACCAUUACACCCGGAAGACGCUACCGAUUCCGAAUGAUAAACGCUUUCGCAUCCGUUUGUCCGGCUCAAGUUACCAUCGAAGGACACACCCUGACGGUCAUCGCCACCGACGGAGAACCGGUGCAGCCAGUGCAAGUCAACACUAUUAUUUCAUUCUCAGGUGAACGAUACGAUUUCGUAAUUAACGCUGAUCAAGCCAUUGGUGCUUACUGGAUUCAGCUGCGCGGUCUCGGCGAGUGUGGAAUCAAACGAGCCCAACAGUUGGGUAUCCUCCGAUACGCCCGAGGUCCGUAUCAACCAUCUUCACCACCACCAACCUACGAUGUCGGUCUACCACAGGGCGUGGUAAUGAACCCACUGGAUGCCCAAUGCAACAGACAGCGAGAUGAUGCUAUCUGUGUCAGCCAACUGAAAAAUGCUCGCGAAGUUGAUAGAACUCUGCUUCAGGAAAAACCCGACGUAAAAAUUUUCCUGCCCUUCCGAUUCUAUCUAUACCGGCCGGAGGAACUUUUCCAACCCAACACCUAUAACAGAUUCUUAGUCGCCCCCACUGGAGAUCAUGUUAUCUCGCUGAUUGAUGAAAUUUCGUACCUGUCCGCUCCUGCUCCACUGCUGUCGCAGUAUGACGAUAUAAAUCCUGAACAAUUCUGCAAUGGAGAUAACCGACCGGCGGAUUGUGGCGCCAACUGCAUGUGUACCCAUAAAGUUGACAUUCCAUUGAAUGCUAUUGUUGAAGUUGUGCUGGUCGAUGAAGUUCAACAACCGAAUCUCAGUCAUCCGUUCCAUCUGCAUGGUUAUGCGUACAACGUAAUCGGUAUUGGUCGCUCACCGGAUUCCAAUGUUAAAAAAAUCAAUUUGAAACACGCUCUCGAUUUGGAUCGCCGUGGUUUGCUACACCGACAGUUCCAACAACCCCCACUCAAGGACACAAUUGCGGUACCCAACAAUGGUUACGUAGUACUACGCUUCCGUGCUGACAAUCCUGGCUAUUGGCUAUUUCACUGUCACUUCCAGUUUCAUAUUGUUAUCGGCAUGAAUUUGGUUAUCCACGUCGGUACUAAGGCCGAUCUUCCUCCAGUGCCACCCAACUUCCCACGCUGUGGAAAUCAUAUACCUCCUAUUCGGUUCAACUGA